GUCGAGCCUCACAUUCUCGCGUGCAGCUGCCUUACCGAGUGAUUCAGAGCAUUCAGCACUACUUGGUUGUCCUACCCAAGUAUUCCAGUCAACAUGUCGGACUAUGAAGAUGAGAUGGACGUCGAUGCGCCCGCCGCACGAACCUCUAUAGCGUUCGGCGGAGAUGCGAAGAAGGGAAAGCGAAGCGCUGCGAAUCUGCCGGUGGAGGCCGAAGACUCUUUGCCCUGGGUAGAGAAGUAUCGACCAAGCUCGUUGGACGACGUCGAAGGUCACAAGGACAUCAUAGCUACAAUCAACAAGUUUGUAGACUCAAACCGAUUACCGCAUCUUCUCCUCUACGGCCCUCCUGGUACUGGCAAAACCUCGACCGUCCUCGCUCUCGCACGCCGUAUUUACGGCGCCAAAAACAUGCGCCAAAUGGUGCUGGAACUGAACGCUUCGGAUGACAGAGGCAUCGACGUGGUCCGUGAGCAGAUCAAAACCUUCAGUAGCACAAAGCAGAUCUUUGCUGCUGCGCCGAAACCGGGCGAGGCUUCAUCACUGGCAACCUUCAAGCUGAUUAUUCUCGAUGAGGCGGACGCUAUGACAUCUACAGCCCAGAUGGCUCUGCGAAGGAUUAUGGAGAAGUACACAGCAAAUACGCGAUUCUGCAUCAUCGCAAACUACACACACAAGCUAUCCCCAGCGCUGCUUUCGCGAUGUACCCGAUUCCGGUUCUCGCCGCUCAAAGAAAGAGAUAUUCGAAAUUUGGUAGACAAAGUCAUCGAGGAUGAGAAGGUUAACAUCACGCAAGAGGCAACGGAAUCGCUCGUAACCCUGAGCAAGGGCGAUAUGCGACGAGCGCUAAACGUCUUGCAAGCGUGCCAUGCAUCAAGUACUCCGCUACAGCCACCUGACCAGCCUGCACCAGACCCAAGCACUAUCGUGCGAGAUCAGAUCACGCAAACCACCAUCUAUGACUGUAUAGCUGCACCUCACCCCGCAGACAUCACCUAUAUCCUCAACUUGCUGCUUGAAACCGGCGAUAUCACACAGUGCUUGAAGACGAUAAACACCAUAAAGACUCAAAAAGGUCUUGCGCUGGCAGAUAUCUUGACGGCGUUGAGUGAAGAGCUGGUGAAGAACGAAGUACCCGCCCAGACACUAGUGACAUGGAUGUCAGGCCUUGCGGACAUCGAGCAUCGACUUAGCAGCGGCGGAAGCGAGGCGAUUCAAACGGGUGCGACUAUUGGCGUGGUGAGGAUGGGCGUGGAACUGCUCGCACAUGGGAAAGGAAAAUAAAGCCAGAGUCCACUCGGUGGAAAGAGCACAAUCUGAGAUCAGAGCUGCGAGCAACUUUGGAGAUGUUAUGAUACCACUUUCCGACGCUUACAAUCAUUGUAAUGCAUGCUUCUUCUUCCAACAAGGGUUGGUCCCUUCUCGUUGCGACGUUGUCGAUGGUACUGUGUUUGUGGCGGCUCCUUCAUUUGUUAAACGAAACACUCCACGGUGCAUUACUGGGACAAACGUUUGUGCAUGAAGUAUAGAUAAGGUUAUCCCAAAAAACAGGACGUGGAUCCAGA